UGUAUUAUUUCAAUUCGAUUGCCUAACAAAGUGUAUUACAAUUAUUCGCUCUACUGAAACAAAUACAUGCAUAAAGUUAAAUAUAUUGAUGUAUAUUGUUAUAGCUAUGGGAAAUCCUUGAAAUAUCUAAGUGUAACAUAGCUAUCAUCUAAAUAUUUUGUCAACAGAAUGUUCGAUUAACUGAUUAAGCGAUUAAGCCAACGCUAAGUACUAUAUAUAUAGAAACCACUAUAUAGUUCCUAUCGCCAAAUAAAAAGAAUGAAAGCAAAGAAUAAAAAAGGCACUUUAUAAAUUUCAAUGAUUGAAGAAAUGUUUGCUGAAUUUCAGUCGAAGUUUAGCAUGGAAAGAUAACACUCGUGUGCUUCCCAUAAUCCAUCAAAAUUGUUUAUUGGACCCCCUUGCUUUUACUAGCAAGAAGAAGAGAGUAAAGAAAGAGAGAGAGAGAGUCAAUUCUACAGCUCAUCAUGACGAGUUCAAAAGUGAAAGAAAAACAACCUUUACGCAUAUCUGUUGGUAACUCGAAUCUGGGAAAGAACUUACCACUAAAUCGUGUGAAAACCACUAAGUACACCUGGCUGACCUUUAUCCCAUUGAACUUCUAUGAGCAGUUCCGUCGUGCUGUCUACUUUUACUUUCUGAUCAUUACGAUCGUAUCGUUUUUCGUUAAUGAUACCAUAGAUCCCUUGACAUCAUUAUUACCUCUGCUUUUUGUUAUGAUCGUAACGGCACUUAAGGAGGGCCUAGAGGAUUAUUCCAGAUCGAAAAGCGAUCGAAUUGUGAACUCAGCAAAAGUAACUGUCAUCAGAAAUGGCAAGGAGCAGUGUAUUAAUUCAGAAUACAUUAUCCCUGGCGAUCUGGUGAUCGUGACCAGUGCCAACGAUGUACCAUGUGAUCUCGUCUUACUUCAUUCAUACGGCUCCGAAAACAUGUGUUUUGUCAACACUGCCAACUUGGAUGGUGAGACGAAUCUUAAGACGAUUUGUGGACCAUCCAACUAUGCCUAUUUAUCCCUCGAGCAUGAUAAGAAUCUGGGUAUUAUCGUUUGCGAGCCUUCGACCUCCGAUCUCUAUAGUUUUAAUGGUCGCAUUGAAUUUAAAACUGAUUCAAAUGGAGCUAUACCUUUGACCAUUGAUAACCUUCUGUUGAGGGGUGUACGGAUCAGAGGACAAGGUCGAGUCAUCGGUUGUGCUAUAUAUACGGGCAUGUCCACGAAACUCCAACUAAACAGUCGUUAUACGGGCAACAAAUCCGCUUCCAGCGAGCAAUACAUCAAUAAAUUCAUCAUAGCCCUCAUUGUCGGCAUGGUUAUUGUUGUCUUUAUACUAUAUCUUAUAGAGCGGCAAAAGGCAGCUAACGUCUAUCCGACUGUGUACUAUUUGGGUCCACUUCCCGAUUAUAAUGCGGUUCUACAAAUAUUCGAGGACUUUCUAUCCUUUUUGAUAUUAUUCAACUACAUGGUACCCAUUUCCAUGUACAUGAACAUUGAAUUGUAUCGUGUUUUCGGUGCGCUUUUCAUGAAAUCGGAUCUAUGUUUAUACGAUGAAGAGACAGAUCAACCUUGCAGCGUGAAUGCCUCCAACUUGAACGAGGAUCUGGGACAGAUAAAUAUAUUAUUCUCGGAUAAAACGGGCACUCUAACCAAAAAUCAAAUGAUCUUUCUUAAAUGUUAUACCGAAGGUACAAACUAUCAUCUCCAAAAUACACAAUUGUAUUGCCCAAAUACAGAUGAAAGAUACGAGUUAGGUUCGAUGAGCCCGGAGGUCUUGGAUUUCUUUGAGGCUCUCGCUUUGUGCCAUACGGUGGAUAUUUUGGAGGCCUACGAUGAGAGAUCUUCUACAGAAAGACAAUCUGAGCAUGAUAGUUUAAUAACGAGUGAUAUUAUAGGCAGAUACCAGGCAUCAAGUCCCGAUGAGAAAGCUAUUCUGGAAGGAUGCGCCCGAUUGGGUUUGAUCUUUAAAAGCAUCGAUAAUAAUACCCUACAUCUAAAUCGCAUUCUUCACGAAGAAGAUGUACAGGAGUUGCAAUAUGAACGUCUUCAGGUUCUUGAGUUUAGUUCGGAAAGGAAACGUAUGAGCGUCAUUAUACGAGAUGAGAACGAUGUGAUUUGGCUUUAUAGCAAAGGUGCUGAAACCUCCAUUCUACCCAGAUGCAAUAAAAGUCCACAGAUCGAACAGAUCGAUGCCCAGAUAACGGAAUAUGCCAAGGAGGGACUUCGUACUCUUGCCGUUGCCCGACGAACUCUGACCAAAAGUGAAUAUGAAACAUUUGUGGCCUCAAUUAAUAGUGCGAAUAUACAACUGAUGAAUCGGAAGGAAUUAAUUGCACAGUGUUACGAUAAUAUUGAAGUGGGUCUCGAUCUUUUGGGUGCCACAGCUUUGGAGGAUGCUCUGCAGGACAAUGUGGACAAGACAUUGGUAGCCUUACAGGAAGCGGGCCUGAAGAUUUGGGUGCUGACCGGGGACAAGGUGGAGACGGCCUUUAACAUUGGCAUGGCCUGUAAGCACAUACCAUCCUCAGCUGAGGUGCACUUUCUCAUUAAUCUGACGGAUCCAAUGGAGCUAGAAGGGAGACUAAAGCAGAUCGAAGUUGGUCUUUCGAGUGGUUCGUCGAAACUACCAACUGCCUUGGUCAUCGAUGGCACCACUGUGGCUGCUCUGCUCCUGCACCUCCCCAAAAAAUUCGCUGACUUAGCGCUACAAUGUAAGGCGGUGCUCUGUUGUCGAUUGAGUCCGCUGCAGAAGAGUGAGAUUGUCAUGUUGAUUAAGAAAUCCGGGAGUCACAUAACAGCCGCCAUUGGUGAUGGAGCCAACGAUGUGUCAAUGAUUCAGGAGGCGCACAUUGGCAUCGGUAUACCCGGUAGGGAGGGAAAACAAGCAGCCCGUAGUGCCGACUAUGCAAUCGCCAAAUUUGACAUGCUUCAGCGACUUCUCUUGGUCCAUGGACAUUAUAAUACGGAGAGAUUGGCAUUUCUCGUCCUUUUCUAUUGUUACAAAAAUAUUAUUAUUACUGGAUGUAUGGCUCUCUUUCAAGUGUACGACUUGUUUUCGGCUACCUCGGUGUAUAACGAUUUAUAUCUGUGGUUAUUCGACAUUAUCUACAUAUCCUUCAGUUUCACCUAUUUGGCCAUGUCGGAGAAGCAUUAUAGUGAGAAUACUUUGCUAAGAUUCCCCAUCUUGUACAAGGGAAUUGCCCAUAACAAGUUAACCUCAUGGAGAACGUUUAUUAUUUGGAUUUUAAAUGCUGCCGUUCAAAUGCUGAUUAUUUUCUACUUUGCUUAUGCGAUUUUAUAUGACAACAAUAUCGUCUUUAAGCACGGUCAAACGGCGGACUUUUCAACAUUCGGAACUAUGCUUAUAAUGGUGCUGGUUCUGGUCGGAAAUCUGAAGGUACUUCUGGUUUCGCACUACAUGAGUUACCUAAACUUUGCCUUCAUUGUUAUAUCAAUAAUUGCAUUCAUGCUGAGCACUUAUCUCUACAAUUUGGGAGGUGGCAAUACUCUUUAUCACGUUUACAACAUGUUCUUGAGUUCGCUUCCAAUGUGGCUUUAUAUCAUUAUUUCUACGGUUGCAUGUUUAUUACCCGACUUUCUUAUGAAAGCUGUAAAUGAUAUGUUUUUAGAGCCUACCCUUAGACAGAAACGAAAGUCGAGCAAUAGAAGUACAUCUAAAAACUUAGACGCUUAAGUUGAAAUUGUUAUUAUAAGAUUUUAAUAUAUUUGUUGACAACUU